AUAAACACAAAGCUGAAACAAAUGGCCUGGAAAAAGGAUGAUAUCGAAAAGCUUAUUGAAUUAUACCAUUCCCAAACAGAUUUAUGGGAUAUAGAAAACCCAAACUAUUCAAAAAAGGAUUACAGAUUGAGGAGUUUGGAAUUAUUAAAAGAAAAUUUGGAUAAUCAAUACACAGAGAAUGUCAUAAUUCUUGCAAAUACAUUUAACUCAUAUGACACACUUGGAAAAAUCAAUACUAAAAUCAAACAUCUUCGAUCUUACUAUGCUAAAGAAUUGUCAAAAGUUCGAAAAUCUACAAAGAGUGGAUCUGGCACGGAUGAUGUCUUCAAAAGCAAAUGGCCAUACUUUGCCAGCCUGGAUGCCUUUCUGAAUGCACAGAUUACUCCACGACAGUCGACUAGCAAUUUGGAUUCACAGACUGGAGAUGAGGAAGCUGAAGAGAGAGACACUGAAGACACCCAGAUCCCAAAACCAAAGAAACAUAAGUCUGGACCUGCAGCAGCUAUGGCAGAGGCUGUGAAUGUUCUGUCUGAGAUAAGAACAAGGUUUUCACAGGGAACAUCAAGAACAGAGGAUACUAACACAAACGAGGAAGACACAGUUUUUGGAAAAUAUCUAACGAAUGAAUUACGGAAAAUCAGAGAUCCUUUUCUUAAGAAUAAUGUUCGUUUGAAGCUGCAAACUGUAAUUUUUGAAGCACAAGAGCAAGCCCGUUCUUCACCAAGCCUAACAACAGAACGGCAAAUAUGGAGACCUCAGGUUGCAGACAAUAUGUCACCACAGCCGACAGGAAUUAGAAGAAUUUUUAGUUUGCCUUCUGUUCAUGGGAAUGAAUCAAAUGAAAGUUCUCAGUAAUUAUAUUCUGCUACUUACACUAACUUGUAAAUCAAAAUUAAUCAGACUCAUAUAUUAUGUAAUACGUAAAUAGCUCUCAAAGAAUAACAUUUAAAUGAACAACUGAAAUUCGUUACCUUGAUAUAGGUACUUCUAGGAACAUUGUAUAUUGCUUGGCAAGUUUCAGGACUUAUUUCAGAAACAGUUGUCGCUGGAACUCUGUACAAGUAUUGUAGUGUUGCAUAACUGU